AUGGGUUUUUAUAGUUAUCGUUUGUUUGAACGACCCACAGAGUAUUUAACAAUUUUGAGAGCUGGAAAAUUAUUCCAAGAGUUUUUGGUUAAUGCUUGGGCCGCAACUGAACAAAAUAGAUUGACUUACUACAAACUUAAUCAAGGGAAGAUCCGUGCUGAACUUUACCAAGAUUUGACAGAUAUUGAUCCAAAUGACCUUCAACCCAAUCAAAUUGGUCAAAGGUUUGUUUUGCCAUCUUCAUUUGCUGGAGGUCCUAGACAUAUGUUUGAAAUCUUUCAAGACUCAAUGGCUAUCACACGAUACAACCAACAUCCAUACAUUUUUCUCACCAUGACUGCAAAUCCUAAUUGGCCAGAAAUUACUUCGGCAUUAUUACCGCACCAAAAGCCUAUUGAUCGUCCUGAUUUAAUUGCCCGUGUUUUUGAGUUAAAGAGAAAGUGCUUGAUGAAGGAGAUAGAAACAAACCGAGUGUUUGGUAAUAAAGUUGCGCCUGUUUUUACAAUUGAAUUCCAAAAGCGAGGCCUUCCUCAUAUGCAUGCACUUCUAUUUCUUAAGGGUCCAGACAAAAUUCGGACAUGUGCUCAAGUAGACAAAUUGGUUUGUGCAGAAUUUCCAGAUCCAAAAGAUGAACCUAUGCUUUUUGAAACUAUCAAGUGUUGUAUGGUACAUGGACCAUGUGGUGCUCGAAAUCCACAAGCACCAUGUAUGGAAAAUGAUAAAUGCACUAAGAAAUACCCUCGAGCGUUCGCAGAAACAACUACUAUGGAUCAAGAUGGAUAUCCUAUCUAUCGUCGUCGCAAUAAUAGUCAAGCUCAUAUUGUGAGGGGGAAAGAAGUUGAUAACAAAGACAUCGUACCAUACAAUGCAUAUCUUUCUAAAGUUUCAACUGUCACAUAA